AUGAACAAAUCGCUUCCCACAGAAAGGCCAGCACAGACUGUGACUGAGAUUCUCGAAGCUCAAUCAAAGGACAAGUCCCAUGGACGGUUCGGGCUGACCCCAUCACUUACCAGACUAUAUUUGCUCCUUGCCCCCGCCUGUCUCGUAAUCUGCGCCACAAACGGUUACGAUGGCUCUGUGCUCACUGGCCUCCAAGGCAUCGAGCGUUGGAGGUCGCAGUUUGGAGACCCGAAAGGCGCUCUUCUGGGCAUAACCACAGCUGCCUUGCCCUUGGGAUCCAUUGUCUCGACCCCGUUCUCGGCCUGGUUAUCAGACCGCUGGGGUCGGCGCUCGUCCAUCCUGGUUGGGAGCUUCAUCAUGAUCAUUGGAGUCAUCCUGCAGUGCGUCAGCACCACCAUCGGCGCCUUCCUCGGCGGCCGGAUGAUAAUAGGCUUCGGCGUCACCAUGGCCCUGACCGCCGGGCCCAUCCUAAUCUCGGAGCUCGCACAUCCCCGCCACCGCGUCUUCUUUAGCUCGCUGUACAACACGAGCUUUUAUCUCGGAGCCCUGAUGGCGGGCUGGAUCACGUUUGGCAGUUGGCCCCUGGAAGGCCCCUGGGCCUGGCGCCUGCCGACACUCUUCCAGGCUGCGCCCGCCUGUGUUCAGAUGUGCUUCGUCUGGUUUCUCCCCGAAAGCCCCCGAUGGCUGCUAUUUUGCGACAGGAGCGACGAGGCAUACAAAACAUUGGCGACGUACCAUGGAGCAGGGAACUGGGAGGACCCUCUGGUUCGAGCCGAGUUUUGGGAGAUGAAAGAAACGCUGAUGGCAGAGAAGGCGACAAAAGGGGCUGGACCUGGUAUCUUCCUGAAGACCCCGGCGAACCGCAAACGGUUGUUGAUCCUGAUCACAUUGGCCGUCUUUGGACAAUGGUCUGGCAACGGGCUCGUAUCAUACUACUUGACAAAAAUUCUCACCAGCAUCGGCAUCACGACCCAAGGGGAGCAGACGAUGCUAAACGGAACCAUUGCUACCGUCAAUUAUGCCACGGCACUAAUUUCCGCUUUGAUGGCUAACAAGCUUGGACGGCGGCAAAUGUUUGUUGGUGGUGCCAUCGCCAUGUUCAUAUCGUUCUCUUCACUCACUGCCAGUCUAGCCGUGUACAAUGAGACGGGAAGUAAUGCUGCGAGCAAGUCUGCACUAGCAUUCAUUUUCAUCUACUUUGCAUGCUACAACGUGUGUUUGAAUCCUCUAAUCUUUGUGUAUCCCGUCGAGGUUUUGACCUACAAGCAACGGGCAACAGGCCUUUCGAUAUUCCUGUUCGUCAUGAAGACGGCAUCCGUGUUUAACCAAUUCGUCAACCCAAUGGGAAUGGAUGGCCUAGGGUGGAAGUUUUAUCUUGUAUACUGCUGUUGGCUUCUCGUCGAGAUCACGAUCUUUUACUUUUUAUACCCCGAAACAAAGGGCUACACUCUGGAGCGCAUGCAAGAGGUCUUUGGCGACGACGUCAAGUUUGACUGUCCGGAAGAACAGGCGGCUAUUGUGGGAAACCUCGAUGAAGCGCCCGAGAAGUUAUCGAUCAAGGAUGACAGCGACAACAAUGUUGAAAAGGCGGGCUAGGGGGCCCGGAAGAUGAUGACAAGCUAUACGGUUUUCUAGACUUGGGUUCAAGGAAGAGCUGUCACGCAAUCGGUACAUAUAGAGAUUGCCUCUUGAGAAAUUCGGUCUGCCAAAGAAAAUGGAGAUGAGAAAUGACAAAAUGCGCCUCAGAUAAUGACUGGCCUUUGGCUCUCAUUCCGAAACUGAGCAGCAUGUUAUUCCCUUUUUAGGAA